AUGACAUUGAAACGUAUUCCAUACGAUAAACCAGUUUUAUUUUUUGGAAAUAUACGAGAUCUAUUUCUUCAAAAAGUUACUUUGCAUGAAUUUAUGAAAAGCUAUUAUAUGAGAUAUAAUAAUAGUAACCAUUCAAUUUGUGGUUUGUAUGUUGGGCGUCUUCCAGUUUAUCAAGUUAUGGAUUUUAAUUUAACAAAAGAUAUAUGUAAUCGAGAUUUUGAUCAUUUUAUGGAUCGAGUACCAUUGGGUAUGCAAAGUACAGAUAUUUUAGCUGAUUUGUUGCUUCUUAGUCCUGGACCUAUUUGGAAACCGACUCGUGCGAUGGUAUCACCAGCAUUUUCUAGUGGAAAAUUAAAAGCUAUGGAUGUUGUAAUUCAGAGUUGCGGCGAAAAAAUGUCGCAACAUUUAUUAAAACGCGAAAAUCCUGAUAAAGAAAUAGAAAUGAAACAACUUUUUGGAAUAUUUACGUUAGACGUUUUAACAAAUUGUAUAUUUGGAAUUGACAGCAAUCCAUGGAAAGAACUUAAUUCAGAAUUAAUAGCUGCUUUUUAUGACUGUGAAAAUUAUAGUAUACUAACACAUUUGAAAAUGAAUGCAGCAUAUUGGUUUUUCCCAGAAAAUUUACGACGAUUUUUAAAAGUGUCGGUUUUAGCUGAUGAUAGUGUUUAUUUUGCUGCAAAUAUUAUUAGAAAUGCUAGAGAAUAUAGACUAACAAAUAAUCAAAGACGAAAUGAUUUCUUACAAUUAUUAAUUGAUAAUGCAGCAAAAGAAGAAGUGAAAAAACCUGAAAAUCGAUUAAUGGACGAAAAGCAUAUAUUAUCACAAUCAAUUUUGUUUAUACUUGCUGGUUUUAAAACAACAGCCACAUUGUUAAAAUUUGUUUCUUAUGAAUUGGCUGUAAAUCCUGAAAUACAAAAUACCUUACGUGCUGAAAUAAAAUCUGUUUUGGAAAAACAUAACAACGUUUUAAAUUAUGAUACAAUUCAAGAAAUGCCUUACCUUGAAAUGGUUUUACUUGAAACACUUCGAAAACAUCCACCAAUUCCCAGAUUUGAUCGGUGUUGUAUCAAAGACUACAAAGUUCGAGGAAUUGAUUUAGUUAUUGAAAAAGGAACGAUGGUAUAUUUUUCUAUUAUUGGUUUUCAUCAUGAUCCAAGAUAUUUUCCCAAUCCAGAAAAAUUUAAUCCAUUACGAUUUCAAGAAAAUCGCAAUCCACACGGUUUCUUUGUAUUUGGAUCUGGUCCACGUAAUUGUAUAGGGCAAAAAUUUGCUUUAAUUGUUGCAAAAUAUGCAAUGGUUUAUAUUUUAAAAGAUUUUGGAUUUUUUUCAACCAAUAAAACUCAAGUUCCAGUCUUAGGUAAAAAUGGAAAUCUUGAUAUUCUUAUACAUCCAAAAAUGUAA